UAAUCUAAUUUCUUAUACUCUUUCGCUCUUUUCUUUUAGAUCGUGUUGGUUUGGUUAGCCUCCAGUUUGAAAUCCUUUUACCCUUUCUAUCGUUCCCGAUUACAGGUAAGACUUUCGAAAUUCCUAAAUCCUUAGAUUUGCCGGCUGACUAGGUUUUAUUAUUUUCAUUUCAGAUUGAUUUAUAUGAAUGAUUUUGCAUCAUCAUUAUUCGGUAAUGAUUAGUGAAAUCGUUGGUGAUCGGAGUUGAGAGGGAGCUUCCCUUCUCCACCUUUGUCGACUAAUUAUAGUCGUUUUCGUAAUACAUCGCAAUAAUUUUCGGUUUAUUUGGGGAAGGAUUGAUGAUUGAUUGCCAUGGAAAUGGAUCGAGAGUCUGGAAAAUCGGAACAAAUUGUUUCUCAAUUUCGUUCCAAGAUCUUGCACGUUAUUUUGGACUCCAGGGUCCCUUCUUUUCACCACCACCACCAACAGCAAGAAUCUUUUUCUCUUUCUCGGGUGAGAAAGACUGACAAAUGGUUCAAUUUAGUAUUAGGACACCGCCCAGCAGCUUUGGAGAAUCUCAAUUUCUCCCUUAGAAAUCUCUUGGAUCCUGUGAUAAUCGACAUAAUACUAGUUCAACAUGGUUCUUCUUCCUCAUCAGUGGACAAUAUUUGUACUCCUUCAGCUGCAGCUGCGGGCUUUACCGAGACUGUUAUAGAAAGAUGGGUUGUUCAAUAUGAUUGCCCUCGGGUUGUUGCUACUCCAAGUGGUGCUGAUACUUCUGGUUUGUAUAAGAAGACUUACAGGAAGUCUAUCAUACUUUUACGGUCUGUUUAUGCACAAAUGAGGCUUCUUCCUGCAUAUAGAAUCUUUAGGCAGCUGAGUUCAUUGAGCCAAACAUAUAAUUUCGAUCUUGUUUACAAGGUUUCAUCAUUUUGUCAUCCAUUCACUAGGGAAGAGGAGCAUGUGAUGAAAGAAUAUAGUUUUGUUCCUGUUGAGGCUCUUUCUGGUCUUCUUUGUGUGUCAGUGACCUACCGUACAUCUCUAUCUGAUUUCAACCUUGAGCCUUUGGUAUCUUUGCCACCAAAGAUUAUUACAGACUAUGUUGGUAGCCCGACCACAGACCCUAUGAGAUCCUUUCCUUCAUCAGAGAAGGGUGUCCGUGCUACUUCCUUUCCAUUAAUAGGAGUGCGACCUCCAUCUUCAGCUCCACUUCAACGUCCACAUAGCUGGUCUAGUGGUUUUCACAGAGGAUUCCCUUUUGCACAAAAUCAAUCCCUUGCGGGAUCUCCACCUGCUUAUUCUACAUCUCCGAUGACAUAUGAUGUUGCAUCUCCACCUUCUGAUAUGUAUGGUAAUAGAAUUCAAAAUCCUAGACUGUCAACUCUACAACAGGUUACUGCUCGUGAUGAAUAUCAGCUUUCACCCCCAUUCUCACCAUCUCCUUCCCCAUCACCUCCAACAUACUUAUCUGGUGCUAAUCCUUUACUUAGUCAUCAUCGUUCUGAGACUGCCCCUGUAACCAUUCCUCGUCCAAUAACUGGCAGAAGUUCUAGAUAUCUUUCUCCUAACUCUUCUGAUACAAGUAGACAUUCCCUUCCCCCUCUGUCUCCCAGAAGCUCAAAGCAUUAUGCCUCAUCUCAGGAAUCUCCCUCUGGGAUUCGAUCAUACAGGAAAAUAGAAGCUCUAAGGGCUGGAGAGUCUCCUUCUGGCUUAUCAAAUCAUUAUUCUGUACACAAGGUGGUCAGAGAUAGUAAAGAUGACUCAGGCCGAUUCUCUGGAUUGUUAUCUUCUAGUGGAUCACCCCGUAUUGGAUUCUCUAGAAGCUCUAGUAGAUUAUCUUUUCAGGAUGACAUGGAUGAUUGCGAAUUCUCUUGCCCGUUUGAUGUUGAUGAUGUAGAUGUAUCUGAUUCCUUGAAUCAGACCAGUCAGAACGUAGAGGGUAAAAAAGCUUCAGAAUUCACUGCACAGGCAGUGCCAGUUGGUAAAAAAUCACAAGAUGCUGCUGUUGGCAUUCUUGUUCAAAUGCUUAGAACAGCACCUCCUCUGCGACAAGAUCCAAGUUGUUAUUCAACUCAUUCGAUAAGGACUGAAUAUGAGGGAGGUAUUGGCACUGCUUCUGGAUUUUUUAUGCCACGUAAAACAGCAGAUGCGCUCGAAGAGCUCAAGAGCUACAGAGAAAUGAAAGAUCUACUAGUAUCAAAGAGUGGAACUCAGGUGGUUAGGAAAGAGGAAAUGUAGUUGCUCUCUCGGUGGGUGGGGUGUUGUAGAUGAUCAUAUUGCUGUCAACUGAUGCUAAAUACAGCAGCAGCUGAUGCAGUUUAGAUCAAAACAGAAUAAAUUUCUUUAAGAGAGGAUUAACGGAUUAUGUACAUAUUCUGAAUGAACAUUGGUUACGAUUAUUGAAUUAGUCAUUGGAAUUUGCUAAAUGCAAACAAAAUUCUCUCAUCUAGACGUUGCUUGUUCUUGAGAAAUCCCUUGUGAAUUUAGUUCAAGAAGUUGGGAAAAACAAAAGUUUCUCCUUUUAUUUUUGGAUAAACAAAUAAUACCAGUACCGGCAGUAACAAAUAAUUGUUGAUGUUUUGUUCCAACAAGAUUGUAGUCAGUUAUUCUUACGUUUAUACUUAUACACUUUCCCAAUAAUUUGUUACUAGCACGGAAGAACUUGUUGCAAAGGGAUUCUAUAAGUGCACGGCUCAUUUUUAGUUUUCAAGCAGGUUAAGGUAUAGUUUCGUAUUUUUGUUACCGUAAUAAAAAAGUUUGAGUUGAAAAAAAAUAGUUAUAAUUUAAAUGUCUGAAAGUAAGCAUAACUAAGGGAUAUAAAGAUAAUAAUAAAAAAUACCUUUAUUAGUUUUUUUAUUUGAAUUUACAAUUCAUAUUUUUAUAUCGAAAAAUCAUUUGUUUAUUAUUUAGCAUUAUUUAAAAAGUAUUUUUAAAUGUAAAAGCAACCCCCAACUUCAAUCUUAAAUUAACCCUAGAACUUAAAGGAGCUCGUGUAUUUGGGGAAAGACAUUUGCUACUGGUUCCAGUGAAAAUGGAAGGACAGCGAGUUUUCGCUCCAAUUUUCCCGUGUUUCCCAACCAAACAUUACAAUUCAUAAACGCAACUUAGGAGGCGAAUCGACGGCUUCACUUUGAUCACCUCUCCCCCUUGCCUUCACCACCGCUUCUGCUUUUGGAGAAAAUUAGCGCUAACCAAAAGAUUUGGAUUUUCGUCGAAAUUGAGAUCAAAGUAAAAAUAAUUUUUUCUUUUUUU